GAAAGCGGAACAAAGAAAAAUGGGAUUAUGGGCAUGUUUAGCAGUGAUAUCACCAUUUCCAUUUUACUACUAUCUCUGGACACAUCCUCAAAAAUGGGUCGAUCUCUGUGGAAGUGGAAGUGGACGUGACCCUUGCAAAGUUAUGGCUAUCGUCUCUCAUUUUAUAAAGUUCAUCCAAUUCAUCUCACUCUUAUCGGUUUCCACAUUUUCAUGGCCUCCUCCGCUUUAUUUUUGGCCCCUUUUCAUCUUUGGUCAGUUCCUUAAUUUCAGGGUGUAUCAACUGUUGGGAGAAGCUGGCACUUACUAUGGGGUCCGCUUUGGGAAGAAUAUCCCUUGGGCAACAGAGUUUCCUUUUGGAGUAAUAAGAGAUCCUCAGUAUGUCGGCAGCAUUUUGAGUUUGCUAGCUUGCCUCUCUUGGGUUCCUUUCUUGUAUAUUUUCUUAUGGGUAUUGGGAUAUGCAUUUAUAAUACAAGUUGAAUCCAAGGAAGAUCCAGCUACUCGUGCAAAGCCGCUUUCUUGAGUCUAUAGAAGAUACAUCUGCCAACUUCAAGGAACUAGUACUGCUUGCUUCUGCAUUCCAGAGAAGGAAUCCUUUUGAUAAAGUUCUUGUAUCAAUGGUUUCUUGAGUUCUCGAGCCCUUUUUUAAUAUCAGACUCAGCAAUAUUUUGGACGAUUCUAUAAUCAACAAGGUUGGGUCCUUAGACAAAUACAUGUUAAGACAUUGAAGCAAUAAGUAGAAGACUUUUAGUUGGAGUGUUGGACCAACUAAGAUGUACUCUUUUAUGCUAGUGGAUGGAAUCACAAAAGACCAUCUCAUCAGUUGCUUUCAGAUAAUGAUUGUUUUUA